AUGACCUUCAAAUUACCGCUUCUUACCACCAAGGAAGCUCUUUCAGACGACACUCCGUCAGUUCUAGCGUUAUUCGGCAUACAGCAUCCAGAGUCCCUCACACCUCUUAAACGAAACUCGAUCGCAGCUCUCAAAGACAUAUUCGCUCUCGAAAAUGGCCCCGGCCAUGUCCAGAUAAUGACCGAAGCCCAACAGCCUAGAAAUCCCUCAUCAAACUGCAACACUACCAUCUUCCAGGCAUUCUGGUUCUCCAGCACAGACUACGAAGCCUGGUGGCAGAGCGCCGCCGUGUCAAGCUUCUGGAACUCGCUUGAAGAAGAUGCCGGCAUUUGGCGCGAGAUUAUGCGUAUAAACCCACGACGCUUCAUGCAUGCCACCGGAUCGACGAAAAAGCAAGGGCUUGCUCUGGUGCCAGAAUUAGCAGAGGUUGAAUAUGCCGAUAUUGCGCCACAGCAGAAAUACUGGGGUAUUUAUCGCGAGCGUAUCCCCGAUCAUGAAUCAGACGACUUUGAGUCUGCGUUCAUCUCGCAGGCACAGAGGAAGGAAAUGGAAGAGAAAGAAAUCCGUCUCGGGAGGGUAGUACUGCUACAUGGCAUUGACAAUAUGCUGUACGUGUGGGAAUUCCAAGACUACUCGCAAAUGACCGAACAAGAAAAGGAGAUUUGGGACAAGCACAUCAAUCCCUUUGUGAGAGGCUGGAUGGAUUCACUGGACAAGGAGCGCAGCAAGCACGGCGUCUUAUCCUUCCGCAAUACUGCCUUGACACAAAUAGACGACGACCUCACUUCAACGUUACCGGAAUCCAGAAUCACAAGUCAAUUUGUUUUCUAUCUAGACCUUGCCGCCUUUGAAUACUCUGGCAAAUCUACCCGAGACCACUUCAAGGCCCGUAUGGCGUUUGAGAAACAUCACAAAAGCUCUGGGACUCUUGGUAUGGGGAAGGGACGAACUCAGCUCUCUGUCGAGGUAGGAAUAUUAAAAAGAAGCGACUUUGAAGCCGAGUACAUUGGUUGCUUGGACGGCACGGGAUUGAUGGGCUAUAAGGAGCUGACCGACGCAGCGUAA